GAGAGAGAGAGAGAGAGAGAGAGGAGAGAGGGAGAGAGUUCCGUUUGUUAACUUUGCCUACAGGAAUCGCUCGACGCUUCGAACCGACCAGCGAAUCGUCCGAAGAGAAGAGACGAGAAGAAAGGAGAGGAUUGCGAUCGGAUUUCGCUGUGGAGGUAUGGCGUCGGACGACCCCUUGGACAACGGCAUCGACGGGGACGACGAGAGGAAGGAAGACGACGACGCCGAGGACGAGCCGAGGCUCAAGUAUCAGAGGCUGGUAGGCAGCGUGCCCUCCCUCCUCUCCAAUGACGCCGCGGCCUCCAUCGCCGUCGCCGAGCGUAUGAUCGCUCUCGGCGCCCAUGACGGCACCGUCCAUAUCCUCGAUUUCCAGGGCAAUCAGGGAUCAUGGGAGGCUUCGGGGAGGCUAACCUUUGCAGACGGACACGCAAGAGCCCCGCACGACUUAAGCAAAACCAGCUAAGUCCGUGACAGUACCGAGCAAAUGUCGAAACUCUAGUACGGUACGAUAUUUUAAUCAUUGAUCCUAAUCCUCAUAUCCUGUUUUUUCUUUUGCUUUUUCAAUAAAAAUAUAAUAUUGGACUAGACUAUUGCAUACAAAAAGUUUGGAUGUAUAAAAUAGUCUCAAUAUAUUGUUAAUAAUCCAUAGCUUUUUAUAAAAAAUCUCUUGUGCCUGCAUAUGCAACUGAAUGUAAUCAAGGUGCUAUACAAUCUCUUGAUAGUAGGUAUUGACGUAUUGCCACUUGUGACAUUAUUUAGUGUAGUGGUUUGAUGCCACCAAGAAGUUACUAUCAGAUUAAUUAAUAAUAAAAUAUAUCUCUAUAUUUUCAAAUAGUAAGUAAUGUUUCACACACAACUAUUGUAGGGCUUUUGUACUUCAGAAUUUACGAGCUUCAUAUGCUGUUGCUCCUGCAUUAUCCAUAUAUGGAUAUGGUUACAAGCAAGGUUUGUCAUACCAAAGUGUAUCGCCCGAUACGGGCAGUAUGUAUCGGUCCAACAGGUUACCGGUACGCGGACCGCUAUAGUGCCACAGUGCUAUACUGUAGCACUGCUACGCCCUAAUUGUUCGGUACACCAGGGUGUACCGCUCGGUAUGCCCUAAUGUACCGCUCAGUACAUCGGUACCAUAUCGUACUGAGCCCGGAUCGAAACGUUGGUACGGUACGAUACGACGAACCUUGGUUACAGGAUACUGGUUUGAUAUUCUGAAUAUGUAGAUACAUCAAACUUAAUAAGAUAAAAUUCCAAAAGUCAUGGAUUAUAUGACCAAGCUUGACUAAAUAUUUAUGAGUAGGAUAAUUUUAUUAUUCAUUAAUGGUUAUUAGCAUAUUAUCUAAUCAUUCGUCCAUCUCUAUUAUAUACAAGUAAUAUUCAAGCAAAGCAAAGUUCCUUCAAGAAGUUUUCCUUAAGUAUCAUAUAAUUAGCUGAUUUUUUAAUAUUUUUCUAUAAAUGGAUUCUUUGUGCAAUUACUUUAUGUGUUGUAUCCAACACAUCCAGUCUGGUGCGACGAUAAAUUUGGCACACCCAUAAUUUGUAGCUGUUCACUCUUGCUGAUUCUUACAAGAACUUUUUAAUCAAACAUGAUAAAACUUGAAUUGUUUCCUUUUUCACCUAAGACCUAGAUAUAAUGCUUGGCUUUUUCUUAAACUUAAUUUGAACAUGUAUAUGUUAAUCAAGUCGCUUGUAAGAGCAAAAUAUUUCUUAUCAAACUAUGUUAAUUGAGUUUUCCUUAGCUUUUCCUUUUAUCUUUUUCUGUCUUUACUGUAGCAUCACAGAAUACUUGCUAGGAUGGUUUCCAAACAUCGCUACAAUUUUGUAGAGAAUAUUGUUUAUGGAAUUAUUUCUGGUUGAAGUGCACAUGGAUAA